AUGGUGGAUAAAAUCCGAUUACACAAAAACGUGGACAGUAUGGGACACAUCGAACAUCUAUCGCUGUUUCGAUACAUUCGCGACGCAGCGACCUUGUCGUUAAAACACUUCCCUCAACUUCAUCCGUUCGAACCUGACCCGGGCAUUAGUGCAACAGACGAAGACGAAGAAGCAGCGGAACUAAGCGCCAGAAUGGAGCUCUCACACAGCCUAACACUGAACGAGACCGCCCUCAACCAGCUGCCCGAACAAAAGCGUCCCGUAUUUAUCUUCGAAUGGUUACGCUUCCUCGACAAGGUGCUGGUGGCGGCCCAAAAGUCCGACAUUAAGGGCUGCCAAAAGAAGCUGGUCGAACAACUAACACAACACAUCCAGGGUGCCCCCGGGCCUCCAACGCGCAAGCUAAUCGCACGCUGUUUAGCCACCCUUUUCUCCGUCGGCGAUACGUUUCUGCUGUUCGAAACGGUUAACAAAUGCAACGAUAUACUGAAAAACAAGGACGACUCGCCCAGCUAUCUACCAACCCGGCUGGCCGCCAUCUGUGUCGUGGGUUGCAUGUACGAGAAACUCGGUCGCAUGAUGGGCCGAUCGUACGAGGAAACGGUUCAGAUUUUGCUUAAAUCGCUCAAGAACGCUGAAUCACAGUCGCGCAUCGAAAUCAUGAUGACGCUCGAGAAAGUGUGCGCUGGCAUGGGCUCGGCCAUCUCGAACGUGCACAAGGACAUCUACAAAGCGGUACGUUACUGUCUUACCGAUCGCGUAAUGGCGGUGCGGGUAGCGGCCUCCAACUGUCUGCUCGAGAUGACCAAACACGCCCCGUUUCUGUACACGUCAGAGCUGGAAAGUUUAGCAUCGCUGUGCUUCCGUGCUUUCGAUAGCUGCAACUACGAGGUCCGCUGUGCGGUGGCAAAGCUGCUCGGUACACUGAUAGCUUGCACACAGAAUGGUAGCUUGCGCAACUUUAGCAGCAUGACGGCUUCAGCAUCUAGUACGAAAUCCCUCCGCCCGGUGUCACUCGAUGAAGCGCUCGGUGUGCUGAUGUCGGGUUUUCUGCGUGGCGGUGUAUCGUUCCUCAAGGGUACGGGUGAAAUCAUUAAGGGAAGUUCGGGAGUUAACAGGGAGGUGCGGGUCGGCGUUACCCAUGCGUACGUCGUGUUUGUCCAGACGAUGGGAGGACUGUGGUUGGAGCGAAACAUGCAAUCGUUCCUGGUGCACGUGCUCGACUUGGUGGCGAAUCCGAAGGCGGCCUCCUCACACGUCGAUGCAGUUUAUUCGCGCAAAUGCAUCAAUUUUAUACUUCGCUCCGUGAUUGGGAAGAUGCUGGGCGAGAAGGCACAAUCAUCCGCCUGCAAGGAGCUAAUCCAUCUGAUCGCAAAGCAGAUGAACUCGAUCGAUUUUAAUCCGGAAAAUGCAAAGGAUUCCAACCAAGAGACACUGUUCAGCCAACAUCUGCUUGUCUGUGCGCUACAGGAACUGGGCAGUUUGGUGCUGCUGCUUGGCACGACGGCACAGAACCUGCUUGCCGAUCAGUCGCUUAACUUUAUCGAUGCAAUCUGUGCCGUACUGAUCCAUCCGUGUAUGGCCGCCCGGCUCGCUGCAGCUUGGUGUUUACGGUGCGUUUGUGUUGCGGUCCCGAGUCAAAUUACGCCGCUGAUUGAUCGGUUUAUUGAUGCGAUUGAAAAGAUGCGCACCUCACCGGAUGCAAUCUCCGGGUACAGUGGCGCAUUGGCGGCAGUACUCGGAGGGGUACGAUAUUCGCCCCUGGGUAUACCACACACGCGAGGAAAAGUCAUUUUUAACACAGCAGAGGAACUGCUACGUACGGCUAGCCAAAAUAGUCGCCUGUCUCUGAAUCGGACACAGGCUGGAUGGCUUCUAAUUGGAGCGAUCAUGACACUCGGUGUGCCAGUGGUUAAGGGUUUACUGCCCCGAAUGCUGCUACUAUGGCGCAAUGCUUUUCCACGAUCAACAAAAGAGCUAGAGUCGGAAAAGGCUCGCGGUGACGCAUUUACCUGGCAAGUUACGCUGGAAGGACGUGCCGGAGCAUUAUCCGUGAUGCACAGUUUCCUGCUGCACUGUCCCGAACUCGUUACGGACGAUAUAACACGCCGUCUGCUGACGCCCAUCGAAAGCGCUCUGGCCAUGCUGAUCAACAUAACGUCAGUGCUGAAAAACUAUGGACAACAUUUAAAAGCACCGACCGCAAUGGUACGAUUGCGUUUGUACGAAACCCUAUCACUGCUACCGGCAAACGCGUUGGAAUCAUCGUACACUCAUCUGCUCCGGAUGCUGGUGUCGGAAUUUACACUUACGGAAAACCCGGCCAAUACUACAACGUCCUUCCUGCGGCAGAUGUGUCAUGGUGAUGAUUCAAUUAUACUGGGCACCUGGUUACAGGACACCGAUCAUCGUACGAUUGAAGAUCAGAUGGAACCGAACCGUAAGGCGGACGGUGAUUAUCUUCAACCGAACAGUGCCGCAGGUUCCGGCGCACUCGAACACGAUGCCUGCUGUCUGUUCCGCGGAAUUGCCCCGGGCGAACAGUGUCCCGGUCCGUUACCGCUCGGUGUUGCCGUGAUCGAUAUGUCCGUCAUACUGUUCGGGCUCAUCUUUCCGAAGGUCGCCAACAAGCACCGGCUACAGAUGUUGGAACACUUUGGCGAGUGUAUAAAACACGCGAAAAGUUCGCGCCAGGAAGCGGUCCAAAUGAACAUUUUCACCGCCCUGCUGAGUGGGUUGAAAGGAUUAACCGAAACGAAGACAGCAAUCGGACAGGACGAUGUACGCAAGAGUGCUACGAAUUUGAUAAUUAACGCAUUAACCAGUGCGAAUCCGAUACUGCGCUGUGCAGCUGGUGAGGCACUCGGGCGGAUCGCGCAGGUUGUAGGUGAUUCGCGUGUAACGGCCGAAUUGGCACAGACAAGCUUCGAUCGGCUUAAGUCUGCCCGGGAUGUUGUGACACGCACCGGACAUUCAUUGGCGUUGGGUUGUUUGCAUCGGUACGUUGGUGGCAUGGGCUCAUCGCAGCAUCUGAACACAAGUGUGUCCAUCUUGCUAGCACUGGCACAGGAUGGAAGUUCACCGGUGGUACAAGUGUGGUCACUGUACGCCCUUUCGCUGAUAGCCGAUUCCGGUGGGCCAAUGUUUCGGGGAUACGUUGAACCAACGCUUUCACUCGCUCUAAAGCUCUUGCUGACGGUACCGCAGUCUCACGUCGAUGUGCAUCAGUGCAUUGGACGCGUACUGAGUGCGCUAAUUACGACAAUCGGACCCGAGCUGCAGAUGGAUUCAAAUUCGGUCGCCACAGCAAGAUCUUCGUUUCUGUGCGCGGCAGCCAUCAUGCAAGCCCAUUCGGAUCCAUUGGUGCAGGCCGAAGCGACGGGAUGCUUACAGCAGCUACAUCUAUUCGCUCCACGCAACGUCAACCUAUCCUCGCUAGUUCCUAACCUUUGUCAGAACCUUAGCAGUAACUAUUUAAUGCUGCGAAAGGCGGCCGUGUCCUGCCUGCGACAGCUAACGACCCGCGAAGCAAAGGAGGUGUGCGAACACGCGGCAAAUCUCGUAAGCGACGAGGAUCGCUACGCACUAUCGGAUUACGGGCUGCCCGGCGUGCUGUUCGGGAUGCUGGACACAGAAAGCGAUAGCCAGAUGGUGAGAAACAUACACGAUACGAUCACCUCAAUGCUACAGAUACUGGCGGCGGAGAAUUUGUCCCAGUGGUUAAGCAUGUGCAAAAAUGUGCUAACGGUCGCUUCGGAUGCGUCUGUUGGAGCGGAUGGAGGAGCGGUCGUUGGAGCGGCCGGUGCAGCUAGUGGUGGUAUCGGAACAGGUGCAGGAAGUGGUGGAGCCACCGCUGGAAAGGAUGGUGGCACUGGCGAUGGUGGCGAUGGAGACGAUGGUGAUGAUGAUGACGAAGACGACGACGAUAACAUGGAGUUCCACGCGGAAGAUCACCAGGCAACACAUCCGGCAGUGCAACCACGCUGGCCAACGCGCGUAUUCGCGGCCGAAUGUGUACGCAAAAUUAUUGCCACGUGUGAAAAUGCUAGCUCGAAUCAUUUCGAUCUCUUGGCCGCGAAAGAGAUGCAGAUGACUAAAUCGCGCGGCGAUUUUCUCGUCCUACAUUUGUCCGACUUGAUCCGGAUGGCGUUUAUGGCAGCGACCAGUGAUUCGGACCAGCUGCGACUGGAGGGCUUAAAAACGUUGCAGGAAAUCAUAGACAAGUUUGCGCACGUGCCCGAACCAGAAUUUCCUGGCCAUUUACUAUUGGAGCAGUUUCAGGCGCAGGUCGGGGCGGCCCUUAGGCCUGCCUUUUCCCAGGACACUCCCUCGCACGUGACGGCAGCGGCAUGUGAAGUUUGUAGCGCGUGGAUCGGGUCGGGGGUGGCGCGCGAUUUGAACGAUUUGCGCCGUGUCCAUCAGCUGCUCGUGUCGAACCUGAGCAAGCUGAGCAGCCGGACGAACAGUACGCAGCUGUACAACGAAAGUAUGGCCACGCUGGAGAAGUUGAGCAUCCUGAAGGCAUGGGGUCAGGUGUACAUUAUGGCGAUGGUUGGGCAUGGGGCGGCACCGGCUAGUCAGAUGUUGAAAAGGCUUAGCACUGUUGGUGGGGGUAGUUCCCAUCAUUCCCAGCUGGCGGUUGGUGCGACACAACCGAAAGAAUUCAGUCGCUUAGCGUUUGAUGACGAGUUCGGUGAGUUUGAAAGCCGGGGUGAAAGUUUGCUUUCGCUUGUGCAACCGGAAUUGGAGAAUUUGUCCAAACAUUGGUUAGCAGCGUUGAAGGAUUACGCGUUGCUGUCUUUGCCGGUAGAGUACGCGAGUCAGCUGCCGCACGAUGGAGGCGCAUUCUACACGAACGACACGAUGAACCUAUCGAAACCGCAUUAUCUUAUCUCGUGGCCACCAAUACUGUACGCGGCGGCGCUUUGGUUGAAUGCAGAAGGGUUCCAGCAGGACGACAAACAUCAGCAACAAGUGUCGCGUGAGCAGGAGGAAGAUCGGGCAAAUGCGAACGAUGCGCCAAACACAACGGCCCCAGUUUCUAAGGGACAAUCGAUAACGGGGACGAUAUCACACGGUAGUUUAAGUGCGGAUCGGUUCCAUCUUAUCUUUGGCAUCUGUAUGGAGGCACUGUGUAGUACACGGACGAACGAAAAGUUGGACAGUGUCAUUGCGUGUCUGCAGUCGCUGUACACCGUGUUUGAUUCGACCUGGUCACGCGAAAUGCUGAUGCAGAACAAAACGCUUCCCGUCGAACUGUGCAACGUGCUACACCGGUUAAUCCUGACGCGGGAUAGUGUGGAGGUACAGUAUCUGUGUAUUUCGAUCCUUAAGCAAACGAUAGCCGCCGCCAACGAGUGUCUGGAGCGGGAAAAGGAAGAGGAACGAAGGAACAAGCUAACCGAUGCUUCCGGGGACGAUGAUGCUAGCACGGGUGAGAAUGGAAAUGGCGUGACGGAAGAUCCUCACGCAAUGGACGUGGACUACCUCGGAGAGGGUGGAGAAGAGGGUGAAAUUCUUCCCGGAAAGUCCCUUGUGUACGCGGUGCUGGAAGUGGUACUUUGUCUGCUCGCACGACAGAUUCCCGGUAUGAACCCUUCGCAGAGCACUCGUGUCGCUAAUGAGCAGUUGCAGCGUCAGCUAGCUCAGGCACAAAACGGACUCAUCAAGCUGGGCGAUGAUAACAGUUUGCUGGUGGCAAGUGCAAUUCAAAGUCUGAACGAACUCCCCUCCCUAUGUUCACCACUCGGUGCCCUUUCCAUUCUGCCCACUGUUCUGUAUCUUACCACGGGCGUAAUAAAGGAAGUGGCCACCAAAUCCGUACACGACGAGUCACUGAUUGCGAGUACGAACGUUGUGGUGCAGGCGGCCAUACAGCUGCUGAAGGUACUCGCGACCCAUCGGUACGCCAAGCAGGAGGACGAUCCACAGCAGCAGUCCGGUGGUGAAUGGCGCAAAUUGCUUCAGAGUGCACUCGGACGGAUAAUCGAUCUCACCAAGACGGGUUGCGAGGAAACGAAGAUGGACGAGGUAACGGUCAUGUUGGCGAUCGCCGUCUUUCUGCUCCAUUCACCGGCGGAUGUUGUUUCCGUGCCGAAUCUACAGUAUCCGUGCAUCAAUCACUUUCGCCAGUGCUUCCAAAGUGCUUCGCUGCCGGUUCGUCUCAAGUGUGUGCAGACGAUGCGUUCGAUCUUUGCGAAUUGUGAGCUCCGGGUGUCGACACCGUACAUACAUGCGUUGGCACCGCGGCUGAUCGAGCAUCUGUACACGGAGCAGGCAAGCAAUCCGGCUAACGAGCAGGAGUUGGCGUUGGUGCUGGAGGGUGUUACGACGGUCGAAACGCUGAUUGCAUUAGCGGAACCACAGAAUCGAGAAUUGAUGCAAGGCAUCCAGAUGCUGACCUUGCUCGUGCCUAUCCUCAUCAACUAUCUGGAUGAUCCGGAGCAGCUCCAACAGCAGCAGCAACAACAACGAACAACCAAAUCAAAGUACGUGACGGCACUGAACGAUCACGCCAUACAGUGGCUAAUGAAGAUCGGCCUAAAGUACCCGCAAGAGUUCAAAACGUUCAUGGCCCAAGCACCGGAAUUGCGGCGCAAGCUGGAAGCCGCCAUCAAGCGCAACCAGAUGAAUGCAACGCUGCAGAAGAGCAAGAGCGAGGCGGCGAACGCCGCUGCACGGAAUAGUGCCGCACAACAGCAGAAACCGACCAUACAGCUAAAGACGGAUUUCAGUAAUUUUAGCUUUGCAUAG